UUGACUAAAUUAUUUUUUUUCUUUCAGCUUUACCUUGUUGCUGUUUAUUUAAUUGGUCUUCUUCCCAUGCCUUUUUGCCUCUUUGAAUUAGAUGAAUGUAAACAAAUUUUUGAUGAUCCCAUGACUGGAGGAAAAUUGUUGUCAAUCUAUACAUUUGGCUUUACACAGUGGCGCUUUUUGCUUAUGAUAUUGAGACUUUUUUGUCUGAUUGUAAUCUCCCUAAAUUCUUACAAUAUCUGGAAAAUUAUUAAGUUGAUGCCUACUUAUACUCCCGGUAUGCAUGGUAUAGCUAUAGACGUUCUGAAAUUAAAUUCAAAGAGAAGGGAGCGGUUUUAUGAAGGGCUUUAA